CCCUCCCAGGUCUGCCCAUUUCGCCCACACCAGAUCCACAAGCUAAUCACCCUAGGCUAGCAAGUAAGUAAGCACACUCGAACGAGAAGAUGGUGAAGCUUGUGCAGGACGAGGAGAACCAGAGGCAGCUCCUGGACGGCCACAAGGAGAAGCACUUCACGUCCGGCGAGGUGGUCCGGGACAUCAUCAUCGGCGUCUCCGACGGGCUCACCGUGCCCUUCGCCCUCGCCGCCGGCCUGUCCGGUGCCAACGCGUCGUCCGCGCUCGUGCUCACCGCAGGGCUCGCCGAGGUCGCCGCCGGCGCCAUCUCCAUGGGGCUCGGAGGGUACCUCGCCGCGAAGAGCGACGCCGACCACUACCAGCGGGAGUUGCAGCGCGAACAGGAGGAGAUCGACACCGUCCCCGACACAGAGGCCGCGGAGAUCGGGGACAUCCUUUCCGAGUACGGGCUGGGCCCCGAGGAGUACGGGCCCGUGGUCACCUCCCUCCGCAACAACCCAAAGGCCUGGCUCGAGUUCAUGAUGAAGUUCGAGCUUGGGCUGGAGAAGCCGGACCCGCGGCGGGCGCUGACGAGCGCGGCGACGAUCGCGCUGGCGUACGUCGUCGGCGGGCUGGUGCCGCUGCUGCCUUACAUGUUCGUCCCGUCGGCGGACCGCGCCAUGGCCACCUCCGUGGUCGUCACCCUCGCCGCGCUGCUCUUCUUCGGCUACGUCAAGGGCCGCUUCACCGGGAACCGCCCUUUCCUCAGCGCCCUGCAGACCGCCGUCAUCGGCGCGCUCGCCUCCUCCGCCGCCUACGGCAUGGCCAAGGCAGUGCAGGCCAUCUGAUCUUUCUGAUCCAGAUACCUUAAUUUGCGCCGUGCCGUCAAACCAAACCCACCGGGCUUGCUAAUGUACCGAGAAAAAUAAGUGCAGCUAGGGAUCUCUCUGUGCCUGUCUGUGUGUGUGGAAUAGUCGAUUGGUAGCUGUGCAGACUCUAGUGUGUACUGGUAGCCCAAGUGUCCGUGCUGAUGUACGACUGUGUUUUUCCUUUUGUCCCUGAUUUGAUUUUGAGAUCGAUGAUGUGCACUGUGUUAGUGUGUCUUUUUUCUUGUCUGUUGCGUUAAGGGUCUGUUUGUUGGUGUCCUGAGCUUUGUGCCCUGAGAGCUUCAUGAGAAAUCGACCUUUUUUGGCCUGGCCAGGCAUA